AUGUUCUUUUGUUUGAGGACUACUAGUUCUAACGUGGCUACUGAAUUCGAAUUAACGUAUCUGGUUAAAGUUGGCUCAAAUAAAUUAUCAUCAUUAUUGGGUGAACAUGAUCAUGUUCAUCAGACAUCAGAUCAAACAACUCCUAAUCAUCAAUUAGUAAACGACUGUAUCAACUAUGCUAUUGAUUUAAUUCGUAGUAUUUUAAGCUUAGCUAAACAACGUGUUAACUGGGCCAUUGAACAGUCAACUUGGGCUUGGUGUUCUACUAAAGAAUUAUUGUCACAUGGUGAUGAUGACGAUAAUCUAGAAGCUCAUCGACCGCAUAUACAUCUACCGAAUAUCAAAAAUCGUCUACAAGUAUUACAACGUUUAAGACGUUUGAAGCAUUGGUAUGCAAGUUUAAGGGAGUAUCUAAUUUCGAUUGUAGGUGAUCAAUUGCAUAGACCUGAAUCUGCAUUAGAUUUAGCUGAACAAUUUAUUGAUCGAGAUCAAAUUAUGCGUUGGUGUUAUCUACUUGAAGUACAAGAUGAACAAUAUAAUUUAAACGUUUUAGAUGGUUGUACCGAUAAAGAUGACGAUGAUAACGGCUUAUCAUCAAUUGAAAUAGAUCAACGUAAUCGCUUUCACCAUCAUCGUUUAGCGUCAGUUAUUAGACGUAUUCCAUCUGAAUGGAAACUUCCAGACUAUGCACUUCAAUGGUUCCUUUCUCAUGAUGAACGUUCACGAGUUCAAUCUCUCCUUGCACUAUUACAUCGUUCAAAUAAUUCACUGAAUAAAACAAUGAAUGCCACAAAUAUUCUACAUGAUACCAAUUUGCAUACUGCUACCACAACAAAAGCUGCUACUCAUACAAAUAUAAGUAGUAUGCAACAAGUCAGUGAUAAUAAUUAUCAAUAUCACCAUAAGCCGCAUAGUUUCAUAAAUAGCUCUCAUAUUUUAGAUAAAUCUCAAUCAAUUUUAGAUGCAAACAUCAGUAAUCAUAAUGUACCGUUAAUGAAAGUGACAAAUGUCAAUAAAUCUAUUCAUGAUAAACUACUGGAUGAUAACAAUAACGAUCCAGUGGAGAAAUUCCUUCAUCGUAAAGAUGUACAAAAUUAUGCAUGGCCUCAUUUAUUAUCUACUGGACAAUAUGAAAAGACUUCAACUAUUUUAUAUGAAGAAGCGUGCAAAGAAUUUCAAUAUUUAGGACGUCGUAAAACUUUAUUCAGUUUAGCUAAAUUGACUUACUUAACAACAAUAAAUCAUUCUGAUUCAUUGAUGAUAGAUCGAUCAUCAUCGGAAUCAAUAUUUAAUAUUAUGCACAAAGGACUAGCUGGUGCUCAAUGUGUAGAAGAGGAGAAAGAAGCAACAAGAGAUCGACAGGAUUCAUUUUUAUUGAAAGUUAAUGCUUAUCUAGAUUGGAUCUCAUUACAGGAAUUAAUUGAUUUGAAUCAUGUUAAAUCAGACUCGAUUUUCGACAAUAACAACAAGAUUAAUAAUAAAACAUCUGAUGAUUCCAAUAUACGAUAUAAACCUGUAUUGUCAAUACCGGUACUAGUUCGUUUAUCUGUAAAUUGUGCAGUAUCACUGAAUGAAUCAGUUAAAAUUGAUCGUCAUCAUAAUGAUGACGAUAAUGAACCGAUGUCAAAUGAUGAUACGCAUUAUCUAUCCGAAAUGAUUAUGCAUUUUCGACGUGCUUUCACAUUAAUUGAUAUUUUACAAAAUAUAUUAGAUUUAAGACCAAAUAAUAUUGGCUAUGAUGAUGAUGACGAUUGUCAGAAUCCAAUGAUUGUACGAGAUGAGCUGUUAUUACAUAUUUGGUGCCAAGCAAUUCGAAUGGAUGAGUAA